GCGCCCGGACCGCCCGCUCCCGCUAUAAAGCCGGCCCGCCAGCGCCCAGGCUCCACCACGCCUCCAGCCAUCAGCGGUGUGCCUCUUGUGUCGCCUGCUUUGGACUUCCGUCGUCACCUCGACUCCAGAUGGACCCCAACUGCUCCUGCUCCGCCGGUGGCUCCUGCACGUGCGCCGGCUCCUGCACGUGCAAAGAGUGCAGAUGCACCUCCUGCAAGAAGAGCUGCUGCUCCUGCUGCCCCGUGGGCUGUGCCAAGUGUGCCCAGGGCUGCAUCUGCAAAGGGGCAUCGGACAAGUGCAGCUGCUGUGCCUGAUGUGGGGGAGCACCUGUUCCAGAUGUAAAUAGAGCAACAUGUACAAACCUGCAGUUUUUUUUUUUUUUUUACUUUUUCAUAUUACCAUGACCUGUUUGCUACAUUCCUGUUUCUGUGAGAUACUUGAAUGACAAUAAAUCAUCUCGACUCUUCUGGC